GGAGGAUGAGCAGAGGCACCACCCCUUUCUCUCCCUUUGCUAUAAAUACGAGGUGGAUUUUUUUUGCUCCACACUUCACUUGAAGGAUGAGAGCUUUGAAACACCUUAAACACCAUUCGAGGGGCAAUGUGGAGGAGCAGGCAGUUCCUCUGGUGCACUGCUACAGUGAAGUGAUGGGGAAUGUGGUGGACACUGGCACACAGACUGAUCCUGUGGUGGUCCUAUCCCUAGCUCAAGCCGCUGUGCUCGGCCUCAUAUCUCAGAAUGAAAUCUUUGGCACCACCAUCGCACCUAAUGGCUUUUACACUGGGGAGGUACGUGAGUGCGCCCCUCCACCUCCAGAGGCAAUGGAGUACGAGCAUUCAGACCAGUUGAUUGGUGCAAAUGGAGACUAUCUACCUGAGCCCAAUGGAGAAAAUAGGAGACCACAUGGACUUUUGGGGGUGGGGAAAAGGCGUUCUGGACCUCGGGGAAAGACCAAGAGGCAACAAAGUGAAAAUAGUGAGGCAGCAGAACUGGCUAAGAAAUCCAUAGAUGUACAGACAUGGGUGAAAGGAGAGCGACCUGAGUAUUCAAGCCCCUGUUACUACUCAAAGGUUCAUUGUAAUGACAGUGAGUCUGAAGUGUUGGAUCUUGCUCCUGACAGACUGAUGUUAAAGGAGGAGCAAAAUAAAAGCAGCCCUGCAUAUGCAAAGGAGGCAAACAACUUGCAGAGUGAUCCAGAUUCAGACACAACUUCACAGGUUGAUUGCACACAGGAGUUGGAAUCAGGCAGCCAGCCUGAGGGAGAAGGCUCUAAAGAGGAGAGGCAUGAUGAACAAAGAGCACUGAAUCUUAAAACUCCUGAGGAGGAAGUGAGCCCUGUGAUGAGACGCUACUAUGAAUCUAGUGUUUUAACUUACGAAGCUGCUGAGCCAGACCUGACACCAGCAGACUAUGAUGAUGGUGUGCAGGUGGCAACAUGGGCAGAUGGUGAGAAUCCUGCGUCCCGCCGUGUGCAGAUUGACCGCCUGGAUGUCAAUGUGCAGAUUGAUGAGUCAUAUUGUGUGGAUGUGGGUGAAGGCCUGAAGCGUUGGAAGUGUCGAAUGUGUGAGAAGUCAUACACGUCAAAGUAUAAUCUGGUGACACACAUCUUGGGUCACAGUGGGAUUAAGCCGCACGAAUGCCUUCACUGUGGAAAACUUUUCAAGCAACCAAGCCACCUGCAGACACAUCUGCUUACACAUCAAGGCACAAGGCCACAUAAGUGUACCGUGUGCAAAAAAGCCUUCACACAGACCAGCCACCUGAAGCGCCAUAUGCUGCAGCAUAGUGACAUUAAGCCAUACAGCUGCCGUUUCUGUGGACGUGGGUUUGCCUACCCCAGUGAGUUGCGUACACACGAGGCCAAGCACGAGAAUGGGCGGUGUCAUAUUUGCACACAAUGCACCAUGGAAUUCCCCACCUAUGCCCACCUCAGGCGACACCAGGUCAGUCACCAGAGGCCUGCUGCCUUCCAGUGUAGUGAGUGCCACAAGAGCUUUGCCUACCGGAGCCAGCUGCAGAACCACCUAAUGAAGCAUCAGAACAUGCGGCCCCACAUUUGUUCUGAGUGUGGCUUAGAAUUUGCACAGGUUCACCAUCUCAAGCAGCACCUGCUCACACACAAGGUACUAGCACAGCAGGUCCUCGAAAACAAGGGGAUGAAAGAGUACAAGUGUGACGUUUGUUCUCGUGAGUUCACCCUGUCAGCUAAUCUGAAGCGCCACAUGCUGAUCCACACCAGUAUGCGACCUUUCCAGUGCCACAUCUGCUUUAAGACCUUCGUCCAGAAACAGACUCUCAAAACUCAUAUGAUUGUCCACCUUCCAGUCAAGCCCUUCAAAUGCAAGGUGUGUGGGAAGUCAUUCAAUAGAAUGUACAACCUACUUGGCCAUAUGCACCUUCAUGCUGGUAGCAAGCCCUUCAAGUGCCCCUACUGCAGCAGCAAGUUCAACCUUAAGGGUAAUCUGAGCAGGCAUAUGAAGGUGAAGCAUGGUAUUCUAGAUGUCUUGCCAGAUGGGCAAGACAGCCACCCUGAUAUGGAGGGCCAGGACGACUAUGAAGAAGACAGCUUUGACUACAGUGAAAGAGAAAAUCUGGCUAGCAACAACACACAAGACAUGGCCAAACUGGCCGAGAUGGGCUAUUACAACUAUACAAAGGCUGCUGCUUACUACACCACAGCAUAAUGCACUGUGAGACACUCAAACUGACCUCAUCUGUAUUUGAAAGCCUCAAGGUUUUAACAUGGACUAAUAAUGAAAUGGCUGCCUGGUGGUUGAGCACAGGCAUUUUGAUAACUCUGUAAGAGGAAAUCAUUUAUAAGCCUCCAGAACAUUAGAGCUUGUAAGGUUCCAUGUAAACAUGAGUGUAAUGCUAUAUUUUGGUAUUAGACAGUGGGUAAUAGGUUGAAGACAUUGUCAACUGAACAUUCCUUGCAGACAAUGAUCUAAUGCCAUUCCCCACAUGAAAAAGCUUUCAAAAAUAAAAUUUCUAAGAAUAAUUCAAAAUUGUUGUGCAGCCAUCUACACAGAGGCACUUAGGACACAACCCUUAUCACUUUGGAAACAUCCCUGGCAUGUAAUUUUAAAUUAUUAAAGCUUAUACAAAAACAUUAAAAAUAAUGUAGAAUAAAAAAUUGUACUUAAUAGUAUUUACAAUAAAAUAAAGUGAUGCAUCAUCACAAAAGUGCUAAGAUUCAGUUAACUAGCUUGUUCACUUCUAGUGAAUCAUCUUGCAUUUCUCAUAUGUAAACCAAUUGGGAUUUUAGUAGGAGGGUUAAUUUGCAUAGUCAUUUUCAGCUAAUUAUUUACCAAUAACCAAAACGGUCAAAAUUUAAUAUAACGAUUAAUACCAUUUUGUUCAUUAUUAGCAUUAGCUAAAUUAGCUAGCCAUUUUAGCAUGUGGGUUAUGUGUCUAAAAGUAAUGGUACCACAUCAUUUCUACAUUUUAGAUGUUUCACAGACAUGGAGCAUAUAUAAUGUCAUUGCCAACUGAUACACAAAAUUACAGCUGCACACACAGCUCAUACUCAAAUGCUCCUUGAAUCAGAUUUUCAGGGAAUUUCUGAUUCAUUAAAAAAAAGAAUUCUCAAUUUAUAUAAAGAGAAAGAGGAAUUAAAUUCUUUUUCAGGAUAGGGGUGUGUAAUAUAACAAUAUAUCAAUUCAUUAUCAUUUCCACAAUGCACAAUAUGCAUCACCAUAUAGUUUAGUCAAACUGCCAGCAUUACAAACUGCCUGCAUUACAAAAAUAGCUAUAACCAAUAGCAAAUUUGCUUAAUAUUAACAAGUAUAAGAGUUAUGUUUUUUAAAUUCAAAAAUAUUCAACAGCAAAAGAGACCAUUUUUAAAAAUAUCUAUAGCACCCCCAAGUGGUACAACAGAGAUGUAUUUGCCGAGUCAGCCACAGGUUGUGAAUUCAAAUCCAGAUGACAACACAGCCAGGAGACCAAGAAAGCAAAAUUGGGAAUGCUCAUGAAAAGAGGGGUGGCAUUCUUUCUCUCCCCCAUCAAUCACAGUGACACUAGCCAAUUAGUUAAUCCAAGAGGUUUUAACAUGUGGUUGGCUGGCUUUACAUGCCUAGGAGGAAGCAAGUGAAAGCCUCUGCUUUUUUAAGUUUUAAUAACAUUCAAAAAUUUACAUGAAGAUUAUGUACAAAAUUUUAAACACAUUAGUUUGUAUUUAUUUAAUACAUAUUUUUAAAAUUUAUAAAAAAUUACAAUAUUGCAAAAAGGUGUCAUGUGGCAUAAAUGUAUCACAAUAUGGAUAUAUUUCGCAGAGGGGAUUUAUUGCCAUUGUAACUUAUUUAGUGCAAGCAUGUUGUUUUUUAAAAAUUGAGUAGCAAUGUUAGGAGCUACUACCAAACAGACAAGGUGCAAAGAUUUGUUUGGCUUUGGCAGACUAUGGCAGAACUUGAUUAUGUCUUAAAUGAAGAACACGUUUGAUAAGUUGGUUGAACAUAUGAGGAACACUAGUGACUAUAAUCCACAUGUGCCAUUCAGGUCUCAUUACAGACACAGUUUAGUAUCUUACCUUUAUCAUCAUACUUUUCCAUAUUUGGAAAGCACUGUACUAUUCUUAGUCUGGGAUUAUAUUCAGUAACAUUUUAUUUGUAUAGUGCUUUUAACAAUGGACAAAGCAGCAUUACAGGCUGAAUAUACAGGGUGAAAAUAUGGACCUCAUGAUCUCUAGCUAAAGCCAGAUUACUUUGUUCUUGCCACAUUUGUUCACCUGACCUUACAAGGGACACUGAAGAUGGCCACAAAAAAAUUUCACAUUAUUCCUAAGGCUACAUUUUGUCUCUAGCGUAGAAUGUGAAAAUCAUGCACCAAACAACUUCAUUACAACUAUAUUAACUAUCCCUAUGUAACACUGUGUGCCAUCCAUUUUAUGAACCUGCUGCUCAGUGAUGUAGUGUGGUAGGACCAUAGAUGCAAGACAGAACAAUUGUUAACCAUAAAGAAUUUUUUUUCAAUCACACCCACUGAACAGCCACCUGGACAAUGUUAUGUCAAUACAGCACAAAUUAGAUUAGAAUGGAUAUUUCUACUGUUUAAAUGUUGUCCAUAUGGUUUCCUGCCAUGCUAAGCAAGGAAAGACUUGUUUAAGUUGUGUAUAAGCUUUGAUUUUGUUUGCACAUGAUUGUAAAUAUGCUGUUGAUAAAGUUCUAUGUUAAAUGUUGUGCUUUGGACAACACUGUAUAUUAAUAAAUUUACCUUUAAACUGACA